AUGGGUUGUACGUUAAGUGCAGAGGAGCGUGCUGCUCUUGACCGAAGUAAAGCAAUAGAGAAAAACUUAAAGGAGGAUGGAAUCACUGCAGCUAAGGAGGUCAAACUACUACUGCUUGGUGGUGGUGAAUCCGGCAAAAGCACCAUUGUCAAACAGAUGAAGAUCAUCCAUGAAGAUGGAUUCAGUGGCGAUGAUGUGAAACAGUUUAAGCCAGUUGUUUAUAGCAACACCAUUCAAAGUCUGGCAACUAUCCUACGUGCCAUGGAAACGCUCACUAUUGAGUACUCUGACAAGGACCGUACCAGUGAUUGCAAGCUGGUCUUCGAUGUGGUGAGUCGUAUGGAGGACACCGAACCAUUUUCAACUGAGCUGCUGGGAGCUAUGACGCGCCUGUGGAGUGAUGCUGGAACUCAGACGUGCUUCAGCCGUUCAAACGAGUUUCAGCUCAAUGACUCAGCACAGUAUUAUCUGGACAGCUUACAGCGGAUUGCCUCCUCUGACUACCUGCCAACAGAACAGGACAUUCUACGUACUCGUGUGAAGACUACUGGUAUUGUGGAGACACACUUCACAUUCAAGAAUCUCAAUUUUCGGUUGUUUGAUGUGGGGGGACAGCGUUCAGAACGUAAGAAGUGGAUCCACUGCUUUGAGGAUGUAACUGCUAUUAUCUUCUGUGUGGCCCUUAGUGGGUAUGACCAAGUGCUUCAUGAAGAUGAGACAACGAACCGAAUGCACGAGUCACUCACUUUGUUUGACUCCAUCUGUAACAACAAGUUUUUUGUUGAUACCUCUAUAAUUCUCUUCCUUAACAAGAAGGAUCUAUUUGCUGAAAAGAUCCAGAAAUCACCCCUAAGCAUCUGCUUUCCUGAGUACACAGGAUCAAACUCAUAUGAUGACGCUUCAGCCUAUAUCCAGGGUCAGUUUGAGGGAAAGAGCCGAUCACCUAAUAAAGAAAUUUACUGUCACCUGACCUGUGCCACUGAUACAGGUAAUGUCCAGGUGGUGUUUGAGGCGGUCACAGACAUAAUUAUCGCCAACAAUCUGAGAGGAUGUGGCUUAUACUGAGUCUGCCUUUCUAUCCAUUUGGUCUGAGCCACAAACAGCUGGCCACAUAGCUGGACUGGUGGAGGAUGAUGAGACAGAACUAAUUUCCUCUGGAGUCAGCGCCCAUGUCUGGGUGUGCCAUACACUCAAAUCUUAUCCUUAUUCAUCCAUUUGUUCUUUUUUUUAAUAUUCUGUAAAUACUCUUUGUAGGAAAAACAUUGUGUGUAUGUGGGGGUAUGGGUCUAUGUAGGCAUCCUUUGUUCUUUAUAAAUGACUUGCUCAGCUCCUCAUUCUCAGUUAUUUGGGUCCAAGGUUGUUUUUUUAUUUAUUGAAUGCUCUCAGUAUGCUUACCUCCAGUCCAUACACUUAUAUGUUGAUGAGCCAUACCUUUGUGGCACAAGAAAAGAAUUCAAUAUUAUACACUUUUGGUAUGAUCACACACUACUGCUGAUAUUUCAAUCACUGCAAUUCAAUUGCAUAUUUUCCAAUACCAUCCUUGUUUAUCUAAUUUUAAGAAUAUCUUAUUAAUUAAAGUUCAGCCCUGAUAUCAUAUAAUUACCCUGUAAAAUAAGCCAUAGAGCCAUCAGGAAAAAAAGCAUAUGGAAAGUGUUGAUAGUGAGAAAAUACUUUUUGGUUUAAUUUUUGUUGUCAGAUGGAUAAAGCCGAUGUUUUGAGUUUCUAAAUUUGGUACAGCCAGACAGUUAAACUUCCUGCAUAAAAAUGGCAAUUUCUUAUAGGUCUGCACAAACACUAACAAAGCUUUUUAAAAUUAAGUUCUUGUCCUUUUUAGCAGUUUGUGAACAUACAAUAUACCUCAUAACUCUGUUUAAUUGUAUUCUCCUGUAUUUCAUAACAUUCCUUCUACUGUCUAGUAUUUAGUAUUGUAUUUGUCCACCAAUAUUUAAGCUUACAUCAAAAUAAAGGCA